GCAUCGAAUCUCAGAAAGCGAGCAUCUGUAGGGUUUAUCACUCUCCUCCUACGAUUCCAUUCCCCGAUCACAGCUGUUGGAGAUGGCGGACGAGAAGACCUUGAACGGCGACGCGACUCCCCCGGAGGAUGAGAGUUUCUUCGAUUCUGAUCAUCAAGACGAUGCCGGCAAGUCCACGGAUUUGAAUCGAAAGAUUGGAGAGCUCCUCGAUUCUCACAAUCAGGAACUCGUGCGUGAUAACGAUGAGAUCAGUAGGAAAAUCGAGAGCUUGACUGCGGAGAUUGAGGAGCUGAGAGCAGCCGAAUCUAAGGCCAAGCGUAAGAUGGGUGAGAUGGAGAGGGAGAUUGACAAGUCUGAUGAGGAGAGGAAGGUUCUCGAAGCCAUAGCUGCCAGAGCUUCCGAGUUAGAGACCGAAGUUGCACGGGUGCAGCAUGAGCUGAUCACGGCUAAGACGGAAGGGGAAGAUGCUGCGGCCGAGGCCAAGAAGCUUCAGUCUGAGAUUUCUCAGAAAGGGGAUGUGAUUGAGGAAUUGGAGAAGGAGGUCGCUGGUUUAAGGACUGUAAAGGAGGAGAAUGAUAAGAGAAUGAAGGAAUUGGAGACGAAGCUUGGUGCUCUCGAGGUUAAGGAGUUGGAGGAGAGGAACAAGAAGUUUCGAGCCGAGGAAGAGAUGAGAGAGAAGAUUGACAAUAAGGAUAAGGAGAUUGAUGCUUUGAAGGAGAAGAUUAAGGGUUUGGAAUCAGAUGUAGCGAAAGGGAAAGCAGAGUUGCACAAGUGGAUAACAGAGAAGACGGCUGUGAAAGAGGCGUUAAGAGACUCUGAGGAGAAAGUGGCGGCUAUGGAAUCAGAGAUUGCGGAGUUACAUAAGCAGUUGGAUGAUACUGAAAAGAUGAUCAGUGGAUUGAAGAAUGUGGCUGAGGCAGUUGAUGGGAUUGAGCUUAAGUCAUGGUCACCGACUGUGACUACUGGUUCUGGUGGAGCUGUGGCCGCAGUUGCUUUUGCAGUAGCCGGAGCUGCUGUUGUUUGCUACAUUUACCACUCGAGGAGGGUUUGAUUCGAGGUAGACUUUUAUGAAAUUUGAUUUCUUUGUUUCAAAAGUGUUUCCUACAAUAACUUUCUUGUUAUAUGUUUGGGAAUUUGAUUGGUUUCACAAUU